AUGCAGCUCAGCAAGCUCGCCGAGGACGCCGAUAACGUCCUCGACAAGGUCGACUACUACCGCAUCCGCGACGACAUCUACCACAUCCAAGAGGCCGGCGACGCCGACGGUCUCUUCCGGCGGUUCACCAUCAACGCCCGCCACGCUCUCGGCAAAUGCCGUCGCUCUUUCACCUCCUCCUUGUCGUGCCGUGGCGCCGCCGCCAUCGCCACGGCUGCCGAGCCACGCCCAGUUGAAGCGGAAGAAGUAUUCUUCAAUAGAUCCAUGGAGUCCGAGAGAAUCAAGUCGCUGAUGGCGCAGAUGCAGCCGCUGUGCGCCAAGAUCUCCAACUUCCUGAGGCUAGAGCUGAUGGGCGGCCCAACGCACAGCAGCAGCAGCACUGCAGCACUGGACACCGCAGCUGCUUUCAGCGAGCGUGUCAUCACCACCACCUCAACCAGCCUCGAGGCCAAUCUCUACGGGAGGCAGGAGUUGUUCUACACUGCCACCAAGGAGAUCACCGGCGUCCGCGAGGGCCUCACCGUUCUCCCGGUGCUCGGGCCUGGGGGAAUCGGCAAGACCACCUUCGCCCAGCACCUGUUCAAUGCCGUGAGGGUCAAGAAGCACUUCCACGUUAGGAUCUGGGUGCAUGUCUCCCUCGACUUCGACAUGCUUCGCCUCACCAAGGAGAUCUUCAACAGCAUAGUCUCCGGUGAGCAAAGUCGACGAAGCAUUAAUGUGAUGGAGCCACAAAACCUUGAGCAACUCCACAGACAGCUCGAGCAAAUGCUGCAAUUCAAGAGGUUCUUGCUCAUCUUGGAUGAUGUGUGGUCAUGUGGCAGCGAGUACAAGUGGAACAGGUUCUUGGCCCCGUUCAAGAAGACGAUGGUGAAGGGCAGCACGGUCAUAGUCACAACUCGAUCUGAAGAAACUGCAAGCAUGGUUAAAUCUGGAACUGUCGUGGACAUACGCCUAGAUGGCCUCGGUCCUGAGGCGUUUUGGGCCUUCUUCUUAGCAUGUGCCUUCGGUGACCAAAAACCUGCAGACAACCACAAGGAAUUGCUUGAUAUAGGAAGAGAGAUUGUGCAGAAGCUCAAGUUCUCCCCGCUCGCGGCAAAAACCGUGGGUCGGUUACUGAAGAAGGAUCUUAGCAGGCAACACUGGAGUAGAGUUCUUGACAGCAAAGCAUGGGAGAAUGGAAUUAGUGUCAACGAAAUUAUGCCGGCUCUCAAGCUUAGCUAUGACUGUCUCCCAUUCCAUCUACAAAAAUGCUUCACAUUCUGCGCCCUUUUCCCUGAUGAUUACCAGUACCAAGAGUCAGAGCUGACUCACCUGUGGUCAGCACUUGGUGUCAUAAACUGCAGCGGUCAGAAUGAUAGAAUUCGAGACAUAGGUAUGCAGUACAUUAACGGACUGCUCAACAGUGGGAUUUUUCAGAAAGUUGAUGGGGUAAAAUUCUCACAUGAAAAGGGCAGAGAAGUAAAGCACACAUACUAUGUCAUGCAUGGUUUGUUUCAUGAACUAGCACGGAUCAUCUCAUCACGUGAAUGCCUCAGCAUAGACUGCUCCAACCCCAGUCAUGAGCAUACCACCCCACCAUCCAUCCGACACUUGUCCAUCAGGACUAGAUGUAAAAGUGAAACUGCAGAUACUGCAGGCAGUCUCAAGGAUGAAAUUAUAAACCUCAAGGAGCAAGUAUGUAUUGCAAAUCUGCACACUUUGAUGUUUAUUGGGGAAUUUGAUGAAAGGUUCUCUGGAGCUUUUAAAGAAGUACUUCAAGAAAUCAAACAUGUGCGUGUGCUCCACCUUUUCCAAACAAUGGUUGAAUUUCUAUCCCCCAAACUUAUCCACCUCCGGUACUUAAAAAUUCAAGCAUCCCAAAAUCCAAUGUACACGCAGUUACAAACCCAAACUCCUGCUGCAAAUGAUCCCCAGACAUCCUUACCCUCCAGCCUCCCUAAAUAUUAUCACUUGAGAUUCUUAGACCUGCAAGAUUGGACGGGCAUGAGUACAGUGCCUGAACACAUGCACAUCAGCCAUCUCAUACAUUUGCGCCAGUUUCUUGCUAGCAAAGAACUCCAAUCCAGUGUUGCUGAGGUUGGAAAGAUAAAGCCAUUACAAGAGUUGAAAAAAUUCCAAGUUCAAAGGGAAAAUCGUGAUGGAUUUGGGCUUCAACAGUUGGGGCAGUUGAGAGAUCUUGGAGGAGCACUCACCAUCUCCAAUCUACAUAAAGUCAAAACAAGGGCAGAGGCAGAGAAAGCUAAGCUCAAGCUGAAAAGGAAUCUAGUCAGAUUAAAACUAGUUUGGGAUGAAGCUGGUACUGAACAAACCGAGGAGGAAGCAAAUAGCAUCGAGGGUCUCCAACCACCUGAAAAUAUCAGGGAGUUGUGCAUCAAGAAUCAUAAGGGUAAAACUUGUCCAGUUUGGUGUCACAGCGCCAUGUCCUUCAAAGUCUUAGAGGUUCUCCACUUACAUGGUGUGUCCUGGAACCCACUUCCCCCUUUUGAACAAAUUCCUUACCUCAGGAAGCUUAAGCUGGAGAAUAUUGCCAUCGAAAACUUUGAAACAAGGGGCAAUUGCCUAGAGAAUCUGAAGAGCAUUGAGUUCAUUGGUAUGCUGAGCAUGAAAACAUGGGUGAGCACAAAUUUGUUUACUCAGCUCGAGCAAUUAAAAGUUUCAAAUUGCCCACAGCUGAUAGAGCUGCCGUUCUCACAAAACUUGCAGCUGUUGCAAACAUUGAGACGAGAAGGUUCCCGUCCUGACUUGCAGAUUCUUAGGAUGACUGUUUGGAGGCAAUUCCAGGCUUUUCCUUUGGAACAAAAGUCCUCAACAAUGCCAAAUCUGCGUGAACUUGUUGUUCAGGACUGUCCAGAGUUGUAUCUACCUCCCUUGCCUUAUACAUCUAAUUUAUCUCCCUUGCCUUAUACAUCUAAUUUACAGUUGGUUGAAGUCACAAGGAAGCAAUAUAAACUUCUGUACAACAGAUACACGUUGGAAGUCGUAAGUCUGGAUCUGGACAGCAAUUUGUGUGCCUUGGGUAAACUGGAUAAUGGAUUGGCAUUCCAUCACAUGCAACAGUUAGUUCGUGUGACCAUCAAGGAAUGCUCGUCUGUGCCAUUAACUACCCUGCAGAAGUUAGGCUCACUAGAAGAAUUGGCUAUAGAGGAUUGCAGUAGCCUAUCAUCUGGGAUAGGAGUGAAUGGUGUCGUCCAGAUAUCAAUAAAGCAUCUUGUGCUCAGUAACUGCAACAUCACAGGGAAGGAGCUGUCGGAGAUUCUUGUUUGCUGUCCUUGUCUUUCUCUUUUAGAAAUGGAACAUUGCACUGGCGUAACAGGGCUGUGCAUGCAGAAGAGCAGCCAUGGAAUGGACGGUGAUAGUGGUACUGGUAUGUUGCGAUUCCCAUCCAAGUUCGCCAGCACAUUAAGGAGAUUAUUUAUAUUCUCCAAGAAUAAGCUGGACCUGACUGUGAAGGGUGAAGUGCUCAGUGAGCUCGUGUCCCUCCAGUGGCUGCAGCUUGGGCAGUGCGUCCUCUCAUCUAAAGACAGGUGUCCUGCUAACGAUGAACUUCCCCUUGAAAACAACCUCAAAGUAUUGAGGGCUUAUGGUUACGACAUGCACAACCUGGACGGAUUGAUGACAACAAUUGCAACUGUCAUGGCUGGUUCCAAGCAACUGGAGGAGCUGGACAUUUGCAGCAUCUCAGGUGUCCUCGAUGAUCCGAUCUGCCGCCGCCUGUCAGACUCCCUGCGCAGAUUAACCUUCCGGAGUGACAUACUGGUGAAGGACUUCACAGAGGCGCAGGACAUGGCGCUCCGGCGACUCACGUCAGUCGAAGAGCUCGUCUUCUAUGGGUGCAACAGCUUGCAGUCUCUGCCCCCAUCGUUGCGGUUCCUUCCUUCCCUCAAGAAGCUCGAGGUCUCCUUCUGCCACUGUGAAGGGGACACCCGAGACCUACAGAAGCAAUGCAGCGAUCUGAGGCAAGAUAUUAAGGAAGUUGUAUUGACCUUCACCCCAUAA